AUGGCUGCGGCCGAAGUUUUGGCGUUCACAGAAAGCUGGAGAGGAAGCGGGCCAGGCCGGUUCAGGACCCAGCCCUCGACGACUGGCUGGGAUAGGAGGACUUUACACGUUCAACUAGGACGUAUUUCUGUUGCGUGGGUCCAAAGUAGGAGCUGUUUUUCGGUUCCAGGGUUACCACAAACCCCUAUCGCCGGGCCACUGUUGGUUCCAAACCUCUGGACGAGUUGGCCCAAUAGGCUGCCAAGCGACUCCUCAGCUCAUGACACAUCAUAUGAUGUGUGCGAUCCGAACGAGACAUCCUCCCUUGCUCGACACCAACAACCGACUUGCGCACAUCAUCUUCCCCUGCAGAAGCCGGGCGAGCCAGAGGAGAGACGACGUAGAUCUGAAAACGACCUAUUAUCGGACCCGACUUUGGAUGUGACCGUGGACUUUGAUUCUCGGCAUGGCAUUAUCGAGGCAAAGAAGAAGAAGAACAAUGCCCAAAAGGCUGCAGCGGCAUCAAAGGCGUUUGAUGACAAUAACGGAGGCGAUAAGAAGGACGAUGAUGUCGAAAACAACAAUGGUGGAGGAGAUCAGGGAGGUGGCGACUCGGGAACUGGUAGCGCUGGCGGUGCCGGUGAUGGCUCUGGAGAUGGGGACAAGGAUCAGGAUAAGGACAAAGACAAUGACGGAUCCGGCGACGUUAAAGCAGAUGACGGGUGGGAUGACUUCAUGCCUGCCAAAUCCAAGAAGAAGAAGGGCAAGAAGGGGGCGGAUGCGGAAGCAGACACUGCCCCAACCAUACCUACUACGGACUUUGGAGGAGACGCUUUCCACGAGAUCAAGCUGGGAGAUGAUACUGGAGGCAAACUGGAUUUGAACUUUGGGUCUACGGACACAAAAGACACUUUCGGGGCGUGGGGCACCAAAUGGAACACGGGCGGCAGCAACAAUGCAAACGGCAAUGGCAGUAACUGGGAUUGGUCCGGAACAGCUGGAGGCGAUGCCGGCGCCGGGACUGGUGCUAAGAAGGAUGAGCUUGACUCGAACCCAUGGAACACCAAAGGCACGAAAUCGAAGAAGAAUGGCAAAACUACUUUCUCGUUUGGUGCUUUGGACGAACCCGAGGCCAAACCGGACGAUCCAGCCUCCAGCGAGCCAAAAGAAGAUGAUUUUGCCUUCUUGGCCGGCAGCAAGAAGGAUAAAAAGAAGAAGACGACAAGCGUUUGGGGUACAAAUACCGCGGAAGAAUCGAAGAGCGGCGACGGCGCAGAUGCUGCUACAGCGGCAGAUCCUUGGGGUUGGACCUCAACGAAGAAGAAAGACAAGAAGGCUGAGCCAGAACCGGAGCCCGAGCCAGUUGCACCACCACCGCCAGCAGAUGAUUGGAUGGCAUCUGUAUCUAAAAAGGAUAAGAAGAAGAAGAAAGGCGCGGCCGCUGUUAUUGAAGAGCCAGUGGUUGAAACCAAGCCAGAACCCGAACCCCCUAAGAAGGACGAGGCAGACGAUGUUUGGGACACAUGGGGCACCUCAAAGAAGGAUAAAAAGAAGAAAAAGGGCGCAGUUGAAGAAGUACCAGAAGAACCAGCUGCUCCGCCGCCACCUGAACCUGAACCUGCACCUGCACCCGUCGAUGACUUCUGGGGGCCUGUGACAACAAAGAAGGGCAAAAAGAAAGGCAAAAUCGCUGCUGAACCGACCCCGGAACCGGAGCCAGAACCUAAGGAACCGGAGCCCGAGCCAGUGCCUGAACCUGAGCCUGAACCUGCAAAGAAGGAAGAGGAUAUUUGGGGCAUUGCGACGACCAAGUCAAGCAAGAAGGACAAAAAGAAGAAGAAAGCAUCCAUUUGGGACGAUCCUGAACCUGUCGCUGAACCAGCCGCACCAGAAGGCCCGCCUGUAGAAGCUCCGAAAGAGACGAAGGAAGAAGUUGACGAUUUUUGGGGUACCGCCACCACAAAGAAGGACAAGAAGAAAAAAAAAGGCAAGGAACCUGAGCCUGAGCCUGAACCUGAGCUCGUGCCGGAGCCGGAGCCGGAGCCCGAAACUUUACCCGAACCAGAGCCAGAGAAAAAAGAGGUCGAUAUUUGGGGCACGGCUACUACGUCCAAGAAAGAAAAGAAGAAAAAGAAGAAGGGCGCUAUCGAAGAGGUCGUAGAAGAGCCGCCGCCCCCUCCAGAGGCACCCGACCCUGCACCAGAGCCGGAGCCAGAGCCAGCACCGGAACCGGAACCGGAAAAGAAGGAAGAAGAUGAUUUCUGGGGCAGUCUCUCAAAGAAAGACAAGAAGAAAAAGAAGAAAGGCGCUGUGGAGGAGACGAAAGAAGAACAAGCUCCCUUACAGCCAGAGAAACCUGCUGACGAUAUGUGGGACACUUGGGGUGGAUCUUCAAAGAAGGAUAAGAAGAAAAAAGCAUCUCUGUUUGCUGAUGUUGGCAAUGAGAAGAACGAGGAAGAGACCAAACCUGCCGACGACGACGACUGGUUCUCCUCAGGAAAGAAAGACAAGAAGAAAGACAAGGCAUCACUGCUUGACGGCCCGCCCAAGGAAGAGUCAGCCAAGGACGACAUAUGGGGGUUUGGCUCGAGCUCUAAGAAGGACAAGAAGAAGAAGAAGGGAGCUUCUGACUUGAUUGAACUGGAAGACUCGGACAAAAAGUCCUCCAAAGAAGAACUCGCAAAUGAGACCGUGGAAGCUACUGGCGAUGAUGACUUCUUCAGCUCCUGGGCAACUGGUAAGAAAGACAAGAAGAAGAAGGGAUCCGACGAGGCAUCCCUGAAACCUGACAGCAUCGAGGAACCCGUUGACGACAUUUGGGGUACCGUCACCAAAAAGGACAAGAAGAAGAAGGACAAGUCGAAAGACGACCCCGUGGAAGUAAAGGAAGACACUACUGGUGAGACAGUCCAACCCGACGCAGUAGAGGAGACCAAGGACAGCAAGGCUGAUGAUGACGGCGACUGGGCCUGGACAUCAUCUACUAAAAUCAAGUCAAAAUCACGCAAGGAUGCCUUGGCUGAUCCACCUCCUCCUGCGCCAACUCCCCCCUCUAUGGACCUUACUGAACCUGAAGAUCAAACAGGACAACCCGACGCCGAUCCGUGGGAUGAACUGACUACGUCUAAAUCAAAGUCUAAAUCCAAAGAUAAAGAAGCAGAGAAGGAGAAAGAAAAGUCAAAGAAGGAAAAAGAACCCAAGCUCAGCGAGAAGGAGCUCAAAAAGCUCGAAAAGGAAAAGAAGAAGGCGGAAAAGGCCGAGAAGGAACGCCUUGAACAAGAAGCCAGAGAGGCUGCCGAACGAGAGGCUGAGGAGGCCGCCGCGAGGGAAGCAGAGGAGAAGACAAGACUCGAGGAGGAAGAGAGGGCUCGAAUCGAAGCAGAAGAAGCUCAAAUUGCUCAAGAAGAGGAGGAGUUUGCCGCUCUGGAGGCGAAGAAAGAAAAGAGAAACGGAAAGCUGACCAAGAAGGAUACUGAGAGAUAUAAUCGCCUAAAGGAAGGCGUGGACAAGCGAGCAGAGGAAAAGGCUGCAAAGGAAGCAGAAGAACAGGCAGCCCGGGAGGCAGAGGAAGAAGCUGCACGAGAGGCGGAAGAGCUAGCUGCGCGUGAGGCGGAAGAGCAAGCCGCGAAGGAAGCCGAGGAAGCUGCCAAGAAAUCUUCCAAGAAAAGUUCCAAAUCAAAGGAAAAAGAAAAAGAGAAGGACAAAGACAAGAAGAAAGACAAGAAGUCGUCCAAGGAGCCGCAACCAGAGCCCGAGCCUGAGCCGGAACCAGAACCAGAACCCGUCUUGAAACCAGAGGAGGUGGAAGAGCUCCUCUCCCCCAAAGCAACAAACGAUCCCUUCAGUUUUUGGGGUGUUUCUGGCGGGUCCAAGAAGGCUAAAAAAGUUCUGGAAGAUGCCAUCAAUGACAAGGACACGACACCCUUAUCCAAGGCAGCUGAGGCUGUUUCAAUGAAAGGGGUGUCGUCGCGAAAAGCAGUUGGGGGAAAGAUUGCGGACAGGCUGAAGACCUUUGAGGCUGCGCCAGAAGCGCCCCAAGCAGACCCAGUCCCUCCUCCUCCUCCACCCGCUCCACCAACUCCGCCCAGAGAAGAGAAGAAGAGCUCCAAGUCUAAGAAGAAGACCAAGGAGAUAGAAGAGGCUGAACAUGAGAGUUCGUCUUCAAAGAAGAGCCACAAAUCUUCUGAAUUACCUGGAAGCUUCCCAGCUGACGAUGACGAAGAUGACAUAGUAGCAAUCGUAGACAUGGCACCCAAAGACAAGUCAAAGAAGAGCAAGAAGAGCAAGACAAAGGACGAAGCGCCGCCUCCACCUCCGCCCGUGCCUGACGCCCCUUUGACUCCUCCGCCCGAACCGAAGUCGUCCAAGAAAGAAAGACCCAAGAUCAAUGGAGAUGGCGCGUCAUGGGCAAAAUGGAACGCGACGCCGGUGACGACGCGGAAGGAAGAAAGGAAAGAAGAUCGGAAGGUGUCGACAUCCUCAAAGUCCAAGUCCGACAAACCAUCGAAGCGCUCUUCCGACAAAACCUCGUCCAAAGACUCUGGAUCGGAAAAGGCCGAUCGUGCGCUGAAGCCUGACAAGGCCGCGGGCAAGAUUCGCAUGUCCACUAUGCUUAGCACACCACCCAUCUCCAGGUCUAUGUCUACCAGAGACAAGGAGAAACGGUCAAGCGUGAGCAAGAGGUCAUCGUCGCGCAGGCAUUCGAUGGACGCACAUGGGCUGGCUUCCCCGCCCCCGGAGGAGAUCCCGGAAAUGUCAUCAAAGGCUGCCAAGAUCCUUGGCCUUGAUAAGUCGAGCGGCAAGAAGAAACCUAGAAAGGUCCCUGACGGAGACGACUUCGUGAUGACCGGGGCGCUCGAUGCCGAUGCCAGUGACGCGAAGCGCGACAGACGCCGAUCCAGGAGAUUGCCUGAAGACGACAUCGUCAUGGUUGAUGCCAAUGUUCCAUCGGAUCCUCCAUUGAAGCGCGGGGCAUCAGUGUCGAAGAAGUCAGGGUUCGCCGGUCUCUUUGGCGGAUUGAUGACUCCCAAGUCAGCGCGGGCGACAGCCAAUGCGGAGGCGGAGCCUAUCGUAGGCGAAGCGGACCGCGAGCCCCGGGAAUCGGCACGAAAGUCGAGGCGUAGCGAGCGAGAGCACAAUGACAAGGCGAGUGACGAAUCCCGCCGCGAAAGACGACGGAAGCGCGAGGAUGCAGCCGAUGGCCGCAAAGGGGACGACCGCGAGGCCAGAAGAGCGGAACGCCACGCCGCUCGCCGUGAGGCAGACGAGCAACGUGCCCAAGAAGAAAAGGAGGCUCAAAGGGCUGAACGACGUCGCAUGCGCAAGGAGCGGGAAGCUGCUGCACUUGCGCAGGAGAGGGAUGCCAUCGAAACACGUAGGAGCUCCAAGCAUGAGCGCCGUCGCUCUCAGGCUGACCCAGGAAGAGACGAGGACGCAGGGCGUCAGCGUAAGCGAGAAGAACGCCGUGCCUCUCGUCCCGCUGAAGGGCCCAGCAGCCACAAAAAGAGGAGCAGCCUGCGACACGCUGAGCCAUCUGGCGAUGAGCAGGUGUAUCCUCACAAGGAUCGCAGACGCGAUAGCAAGAAGGGCACAGCAUGGCCACACUCGGGAACGUCGUCCUGGGUCAAGGAGCACUCAGACGCCCCGCCACCGCCUGAGGAUGGUGGUCCAACCGACGAAGAUCAAGCCAGAGCUGAAGCCCGACGAGCGCGGCGGCGGCACAAGCAUGCGGACAUGGCGGCAGACGAGGCAGACGACCAGCGCAGACGUCGAGCGAGACGCGAUGAACGAGAACGGCGCGUUGCUGGCUCAGAAGGCAGUGAUGAACGGCAACAGAGCAGGAGAAACUCUGUUCUAGUUGACCCUGCUCCUCGAACAAGCUGGUGGAGGAAAAUUACGGGGUGA